AUGGUAUUUGCUAAGGAAGACGUCGAUUAUUCUUUGUAUCUCGUUACUGACUCUGGUAUGUUGCCAGAGGGCACAACAUUAUGUUCUCAGAUUGAAGCUGGUUUACAGAAUGGUGUAACUUUGGUACAAAUCCGUGAAAAGGAAACUGAUACUAAGCUUUUCAUUGAGGAGGCUUUGGAAGUCAAAAAACUGUGCACUAAAUAUAACGUUCCAUUGAUUAUUAAUGAUAGAAUUGAUGUCGCAAUGGCAAUCAAGGCUGAUGGUGUGCAUGUCGGGCAAGAUGAUAUGCCAAUUCCAAUGGUCAGAAAUCUUGUUGGACCAGACAUGAUUAUCGGCUGGAGUGUUGGGAAAGUUUCCGAGGUUGAGCAAUUGGCUAAAUGGGGUCCGCAAUUGGUCGAUUAUAUCGGUAUUGGUACUUUAUUUCCAACACAGACUAAAAAAAAUGCCAAGAAAAUACCAAUGGGCCCACAGGGUGCUAUUGAAGUUCUAAAUGCUUUGGAAUCAAAUAAUGCUACUUGGUGUAAAACAGUAGGAAUUGGUGGUUUACAUCCAGAUAAUAUUCAAAGAGUUCUAUAUCAAUGUACCUCUACCAAUGGUAAGAGAUCAUUAGAUGGUAUAUCUUUGGUUAGUGAUAUCAUGGCUUCUACUGAUGCAGCUGGGUCAACUAAAAUAUUACGUGCUUUAAUUGAUGACGGCAAAUUCAAGUUUGGAAACGAUUUGAAAAUAGGAAGUUAUAUUACACCGGAUGUUCAAGCGAUCCAUAGCGUUCUUGAACAAGUAUCCCACAAUAGACCAUUGAUCCAACAUAUCACUAAUAAAGUUCAUCAAAAUUUUGGUGCCAAUGUGACUUUGGCUCUUGGGUCAUCUCCCAUAAUGUCCGAAAUUGAAUCUGAGGUUGGUGAAUUAUCCCGUAUUCCAAAUGCGACCCUUCUGCUAAACACUGGUUCAAUUGCUCCAGUAGAAAUGGUAAGAGCUGCUAUACAUGCUUAUAAUGAAGCACAACGACCAAUAGUGUUCGAUCCUGUCGGAUACUCUGCCACAACAACAAGAAAGAGUUUAAACGAUUCCUUGCUGUCGUAUGGGCAAUUCACCUGCAUUAAAGGGAAUUCAGGUGAAAUUUUAGGUCUUUCAGGAUUGAAUAAUGGUAAUAUGAAGGGUGUCGAUGCCGACACAAGUCAUAAUGAUUCUAAUUUAUUGGCAAAGGCUACUAGGAUUGUUGCUUUUAGAUUUAAAACUAUUGCAGUUUGUACUGGUGAAGUGGACUAUAUCUGUGACGGUACAUUUGGUGGAGAAUUUCUUGUAUCACAAGGUACCCAAGGUGCCUCUGUAGACUCUUUGACUGUAUAUACUGUUCAAAAUGGUAAUAUUCCAAUUAUGGGUGAUAUUACUGCAAGUGGAUGCUCUUUGGGUUCUACAAUUGCAAGUUUGGUUGGUGGCUUAAGCCCAGAAGGUUCAGUUUUUGAUGCAAUCGUAUCUGCUAUUUUAUUGUAUAAAUCAGCUGGUAAAAACGCCUCUCUCGUCUGUGAAGGAAGUGGUUCUUUCCAUGUUAAAUUAAUUGAUAAUUUAUAUCAAUUGUUCCAUGAAAAUGAACCAUCCAAAUGGAGUGCUACAUUACAAAAAGUGUAA